AUGUCUGGCUCGUUUGAAAAGUCCGUCAAGGGCGCCACCAAGAUCAAGAGUGCGCCGCCCAAGACAAAGUACAUCGAGCACAUCCUCGUCGCGACCCAUUCCGGCGACGCUGGCGUCGGCGAAGUCUUUCGCUCCCUGCAAUAUCGGCUGCGCGACUCCACAUGGACCGUCGUUCUCAAAAGCUUGCUCACAAUACAUCUCAUGAUCCGGGAGGGCUCUCCGGAGGUGACGCUUGCCUAUCUCGCCAAGCAUCGGAGUAUAUUGGGUGUCGGGCAUUUCUCAGAUGCCCAAACUCAGGGUCGGAACAUCCGGCAUUACGCAAAUUACCUGGCAGAGCGAGCCCGCGCCUAUCGCGACACAAAGACGGAUUGGGUUCGCGCCAGGGAAUCGAGGCUGGAGAACUUGUCCGUGGAAAAGGGUCUUCUUCGGGAAACGGAAGCUGUUCAGCACCAACUGUCGGCUUUGGUCAAGUGUGCUGUCUUGGAAACCGAGCCCGAAAACGAAAUCACCAUUGCCAUUUUUCGAUUGUUGAUCCUCGACCUGCUGGCCUUGUUCCAGGUUCUGAAUCAGGGGCUCAUCAACGUAUUAGGCCACUUUUUCGAAAUGUCCAAGCCAGACGCUGAAAGAGCAAUGGAAAUCUAUCGCUCAUUCACGCGACAGACUGAUUGCGUCGUGCAGUACCUCAGCUGUGCUCGUCUGCACGAGCACCACACUCGCGUCGAGGUGCCUAGGCUGAAGCAUGCUCCGGUCAAUUUGGGUCGCCAACUCGAGGAGUAUCUCAAGGACCCCGACUUUGAGAUUCACCGACGUCAGUAUCUUGCUGAGCAAGAUGCCAAGCGGAACGGGCGCUCCCCUGCAGCACCCGCCAAGCUCGAUUUUGCCAAGUCGCUGUCUAAGCCAACCUCGUCUACCGCAAACAGCAACAACAGCCCCUUCCCGUCGGUUCCAGAGGCCAAGACAGACGUCAACCCUCAGGCGAACAAAGGCCCCGACCCCGAUCUGAUCGACUUUGUCGAUGCGAUAGAGCAGAACCAGACCUUUAUGCAGAUCAGCGCCCUGCCCGCAGGAUUCCCUACUGGCGCCGCUCAAUUCCAGGCCCAACCGACUGCUAUGCCGUUCCCUCCUACCGGCUUUGCGCAACAGCAGACCGGGUUCGUUCCCAGCAACAUGAUGUCGCAACAACAGAACAUGGGCGGAUUCAUGCCGCAGCAACAGCCUCCGCAAAUACCACCACAACACCAAGCACAGCCUCUGCAGCCCAACUUCACCGGGGCUGGUUUCGGGGCCUUCACGCCGCAAUCUAGCUUCCAGCCUGGUGCUCUCGGAGCCAUUCCGCAAAACUCGGAAGCCGUCUUUCAGAACCCGACUCAAGCUGUCCAGUACGGCCUGCAACAGCCACCUCAAGCCGCCCAGGCAAGCCCGCUGCAGCCAACGCCAACUGGCACCAAUCCAUUCCGGCAAUCUAUCAUGGUGCAGGCCACGGGCGUACAGGGCAAUCCGUCAUCCUUUUCGUCGUCACCACCCGCUCAACCAUUGAAUCGGCAGUCAACCAACCCCUUUGCCCGAUCGCCUGCCCAGAACAACAGUCCUUUUCAGCCAUCGGUUCCUCUGCAAGCUCAACCCACGGGCACAAACCCAUUCGCCAAGAACUUCCAGCAGCAGCAGCAGCAGCAGCAACCACCAGCGCCGUCACCAGACCACCAGCAGCAAUAUAUUCAACGAGGCCUCGCCCCCCAAGCCACUGGCACGACGAAUCCCUUCCGCCACGGCGCGUUUGUCAACCACAACACCGGUAUGGGAUGGCAGCACGACCAGACCGCCAUCGGCGGUGGACUUGACCAACUUGCCACAGUGCCUGUUUUCCCUCGUCCUGCGCAGCAGACUCCGUGGCAGCAAUAA